AUGGCGACCUUGUCGCAGUUGCUAUUCUUUGCUAAACAAUAACGAGAAUUGAUAUAACCAACUAUUUUUACCAUUUUUCUCAGAAAUUUGUGCAAAACAUUAAAUUAAUAUUAGUAUCUUCAUAAGAAAAUUUAUUUGAUAAUGUGAUAUUAAGUGAACCCAUGGCUUCCAAUGUGCAAGAGUCGCCUGUCGCUCAACAGACGUUUGUUGAAGAGAUAGAUUAUAAUGAAAUUCAAGAAUUACAGGUUGUAGGAAAGGGUGCAUUUGGUGUAGUAUGGAAGGGACUGUGGCGAAAUACUUUUGUGGCUGUGAAACAUAUCAAUUCAGAAUCUGAAAAGCGUGAGUUUGCCAUCGAAGUUCGUCAGUUGUCUCGUGUUUCGCACCCCAACAUCGUGAGAUUGUACGGAGCAUGCACGCAAGGCGCCCACGUCUGUCUUGUUAUGGAGUACGCGGAAGGCGGCUCAUUGUACAACGUUCUCCACUGUCGACCAAAACCCAAAUACUCCGCGGCCCAUGCCAUGAGUUGGGCUCGACAGUGUGCCGAGGGUGUAGCUUAUCUUCAUGCAAUGAAACCUAAACCACUAAUACACAGGGAUUUGAAACCACCAAAUUUAUUACUAGUUGCAGGAGGGCAGAAGCUUAAAAUAUGUGAUUUUGGAACUGCAGCUGAUAAAGCUACAUAUAUGACAAAUAAUAAAGGAAGUGCGGCGUGGAUGGCACCGGAGGUAUUUGAAGGUUCUUCCUACACAGAGAAGUGUGAUGUGUUUUCAUGGGGUAUAAUAUUAUGGGAGGUGCUCUCUAGAAGGAAACCAUUUGAGGAAGGAGGUUCGGCAUUCAGGAUAAUGUGGGCGGUGCACACAGGACAGAGACCAAAUCUUAUAGAAGGUUGUCCGGAGCCUAUAGAACAACUAAUGACACAAUGUUGGCAUAAAAUCCCCGCUGAAAGACCCAGUAUGGCCAAGGUAGUGGAAAUAAUGAAGGCGUUGUGCGAUUUCUUUCCCGGCGCUGAUACACCGAUAAACUUUGAUGAUCUUGAGGAGGAAGAUGACAGUUUGGAAGAUAAAUAUGUGAUGUAUGACACACAGGAGAGCUUCGACACAGACAUGCAAAGCGACCAGAGCAACCCCUUGCAUUACACCGAUGAUGCAGCAUCCACAGAUAUACAGAACACUGGCCAAUCAUCACCGAGACCACGGAGCUUUGUGGAGACUCAAGUAAAUAAGCUACAAAACCUAAUGGCCGCUGAUGUUCAACCGAAGUCACCCAAAGAAGACGAAUCCCACAGAGUUAGAAUACCACAGCAGAUCAAGAAAUUGGAUCAAAAUGAGGCCGGCACCUCUAUAACCAUCAAUAGGACGUCCAGCUCUCCGAUAAACUCUGAUAGGAAUGUGACAAGCGAGGGCAGCACGCCACAGGACAUAUUACGAGUAUACCAAAGCCCUAACAUAUUCAGUGAGAGUUCGUCGCCACGAGGCAUAUCACCCAUAGUUAACUACAACAUAGGGAAUAUGAACCCUAGACAUAUAGACAUAGAGCAGUAUUGGAACAGAGAGAACGAGAAGCUAUCACCAUCAAGGACCCCAUCGGCUUUAAGUAACACCAAUUCUAUAAAGAAGGAAGAUUAUAAUCAGAAUUACUGCGACGGACUCAACGCCACCAACAGUCCAAUGAAUCAGAUCAGUGAAUUCAACGGUAACUCCCCACGGAUGACCUUAGAUCCCAGAUAUCAGACCCCGCUGCAAAUUGAAGUUGAUCCAAACGCGUGGGAUUUGAAAGAUUUCCGCGAACCGCUGGACUAUGAUGGUUACAUUGAAGUGAGGAACAACGCUGGCUUAGACAAGUUUAUAGCCGUCGGUAACAGUAGUGGGUCCAACGCGGAGGGCGCCGCCCCGCCGCCGUCUGAACCCGACCCCGACCUGGACUCUAUGCACAUGAUGCUGGACCCGCACCUACGACCGAUAUCACCAGACCUCACAAACGAAGAGUCCAAACGGAUCUUCGACGAACACAAACAUCUCGCACAGGAAUAUCUCAAAAUACAAACUGAAUUGGCCUACCUCAGCAAACACAAGUCAGAGCUCGAGGAACAAAUGGAUGGAGAGGAACUGAGACAGAAAAGAGAAAUCAUACAAUUAGAAAAUGAGAAGGAUUCUUUAAUAAAACUGUAUUGCACGCUGAAGAAACAACUCACGCGCGCAGAUAACGACAGCUGGCUGUUACCGGAGAACGCUCCGCACGAGUGACGUCACCGACACUCAACGCAGGGACCACACACACACGCAAAAUAGGACUUUCUAGCACACACACAUGUAGGCAUUUUGUGUACAUACGAUGUCAACGUGUGUGAAUAUAUGCACGUUGUUCGUUUUGUCCUAUGAAAUAAAUACGCUCACGUAUAGAUUUUUAUUGGGGUGUUCAGAUUGUCAUUUUUAUACAUAUUCAAUGUUUUUACAAAAUGUAUCACGUAAAUUAUUUUCUAAUGACAAUAACUAAAGAUGAUUUAUAGUAGUGCCUGUGUGUAGUGCGAUAUUUGUUUUACAAAGACUCUUGUCUCAUCAAAACCUUGAUCUCAAGUCGCCAAAUGAUCCUUCAUCACAAUUACUCAUGUAUUCUGUUUUUGUCCGAAUUGACACAAAAAUAAUGCUUUAUUUUUAUGAUAAGGAAUGACUGUUGACGAAUUUAAUAUAUAUGUCUUAGUAGCUUUCAUUUUUGUUUGUCACUAAUAUUAAAUACUUGGUUCAUUGUAACAUGAAUGUGUUUUAUAUGCGGCACGUUUUAGUGCUCUUUAAAAAUACACUCUUUGAGGGUAUGCAGGUGUUAUUUACAUAUAUAUAUAUAUAUUUAUUUAUUUUUUUGUAAAAUCUCUACUUGAAUAUGUUGUGUAUUAAUAAUGAUUUUAAUUUAAAUAAGAUAGUUUUAGCAGUAUUAAGUAUUGUUAAGUUUAAUAAAUGAUAUUGAAAUA